AUGCCAUCCUCCUGCAAAGACAUCCGAGCCGCGCUCGCCGAAUGUCUCCAGAAAAGCGACUGCAUGCUCAUCCACCGAAACUCCGCCUCCGACUGUAUCCGACCGCCGCUCAAAGACGACCUCCCAACGCAGUGCCAGCAGCUCAUUCACGGCUACGGCCAGUGCAAGCGAGGCCAGGUCGACAUGCGAAAACGAUUCCGUGGCAACAAGCCCAUCUCUACGAGCCCCGAGCUGGAAGGAGAAGGCAGGAAUCCUAUGCUAUACGCUGGCAAGGGUAUUGAUGAGCAGGUCAAGGAGAUCAAGGAGAGCGAGAAGGAGGAGUAUGAGUCGUUUACGAGGAAUGAUGGCAUGGAGGAUCUGAGGAAGAAGUGA